AACCGGCGGUCACCUACGCAGUUCCAUUUCCAUCGGAUCAGAAACACAAGCCGCAGGAGGAGAGAGAAACAGAACGCCCUCUCGCUCCGCUGAAUCUGCGAUUCUUUGAAUUUUGAAAUCCUUUUCCUGUUGGUUCCCGAUUUUGGACAUUCAAGGAAGCCAUGACGUACGCAUCUCGUGUUUUGUCUCACUCAAAAAAGCUGACAACUGUUUCCAGCUUAUUAAGAUGUGAGCAUCCAUUAUUAGUUCGUGGAUUUUCAAGUAGCAUAAACACUUCCAUUGUAGGAACAAGAAGAGCUGAAGUUUGUAGGUCGAACACUAGAUUCAAUUCAAAAGUUGAUAACCCCCAAAAUUGUUACAUAGAAUCAAAUAUUGUCUCUUUCAAGGUCCGAUCUUUUGGAACACAUGGGUUGAGCGCAUUGACUUCAAUGAAGAUGGGAACCCAAGUUAUGGGCUCAGUGUCCCAAGAAGGUUUUUCUUGCUCACAAGUCACAAGAAGAGGCUAUUCCUCAAAUCCAGAUCUUCCUCCUCACCAAGAGAUUGGGAUGCCUUCACUAUCACCAACAAUGACAGAGGGGAAUGUUGCUAGGUGGUUGAAAAAGGAAGGUGAAAAGGUUUCUCCUGGUGAAGUCCUUUGUGAAAUUGAAACGGAUAAAGCCACCGUUGAGAUGGAGUGCAUGGAGGAAGGUUAUCUUGCAAAGAUUGUAAAAGGUGAUGGAGCCAAAGAGAUCAAAGUUGGUGAAAUAAUUGCCAUAACUGUAGAAGACGAGGAACAUAUUGCUAAAUUCAAAGAUUAUAGUCCUUCAGAAUCUGACGCCGCUCCUGCUCCUACCCCUGCCCCUAAACCAACAACUGAUUCUGCCUCACCAAAAGAACAGAAGGUUGAAGUGCCGAAGGCUGCCAAAACCAGUGCAGCUUCUCCUACUGAUGGUCGCAUAUUUGCUAGUCCUCUUGCACGGAAAUUAGCAGAAGACAAUAAUGUGGAUCUCUCAAGUAUCAAGGGAACUGGUCCUGAUGGACAUAUAAUCAAAGCUGAUAUUGAAGAGUACUUGGCUUCUCGAGGCAAGGAAGCUCCAAAGACGGCCCCCAAGGUUGGCACUGCUGCUGCAGCUUUAGAUUUCACGGAUCUUCCUAUUUCUCAAAUAAGAAAGAUCACAGCUUCACGUUUGCUGCUGUCAAAACAAACUAUUCCCCAUUAUUAUUUGACAGUAGAUACCUGUGUGGAUAAGCUGAUGGACUUGAGGAGCCAACUGAACACCCUUCAGGAAGCUUCAGGUGGAAAGAGAAUAUCUGUCAACGACUUAGUAAUCAAGGCUGCUGCUUUGGCUCUUCGAAAAGUUCCUCAAUGCAAUAGUUCAUGGACAAACGAUUAUAUCCGCCAGUAUCGUAAUGUUAAUAUCAAUGUAGCUGUUCAGACAGAAAAUGGAUUGUUUGUUCCUGUUAUCAAGGAUGCUGACAAGAAAGGCCUGUCUAGGAUUUCUGAGGAGGUCAAACAAUUGGCACAGAAAGCAAAAGAAAACAGUUUGAAGCCUGAAGAUUAUGAGGGAGGUACGUUUACCGUGUCGAACUUAGGGGGUCCUUUUGGUGUCAAACAAUUUUGUGCGAUUAUCAAUCCACCCCAAGCCGGUAUCCUUGCAGUUGGUUCUGCCGAAAAGCGAGUUAUACCUGGUUCAGGCACCGAGCAAUUCAAGUUUGCCAGCUUCAUGCCGAUAACAUUAAGCUGUGAUCACCGUGUUAUUGAUGGUGCAAUUGGUGCAGAAUGGUUGAAGGCAUUCAAAGGCUAUAUAGAGAACCCUGAAACAAUGUUGCUCUAAGUUAAGUAACUUUAUCAAAAAAAAUUCGGAUUUUUCUCACUUCCGGGAUCAAACCUAAAUUCUUGAACAUGUGCAAACCCCCUCUGCCGGUUUCUAAUAAUAGUGUUGUCAUUUUUUAAUUAGUGAACCACACACAUCAGCUCGCAAUUCCGAGUACAUAAGAACCGCUCCCAUUCUAUUUGUAUUUCAUCUGAUUGAAAUACUUUUUACCCAAAUUAUUUAGCAAUUCAGUUUCAUGUCACCAGCAAACAUUUGUGAUUUUUUAUAGUCCUGCUCCGAUUGCAAUGA